AUGCUUUUAUUAGCCUUGCCGGAGUUGUUGGAUUUUCAAAAUUUCUUUCGUCGAAGACAAAAUUCACCUUCAAUUCCUCAACAACAAAGUUUUCCUCUUGAACCGUUCGAACGUCCCCGUCGAUAUCACGAAGAAGAUCAAUAUAGUGAACACAAUAUUGCUAUUGCUGAAGGAAUGCCUCGAGAUCAGUUUUAUGCACAACACCGUUUCCGCCGAAAUAUUAAAGAAAUGAAUAAAGGUUAUUUUUUAAAAAUUGGGGGGAGGAGGAGAGGAGAAAUUUCUUUAAGGGGAAAUUUUGGGGAAUAA